AUGUGGGACACUGGCAUGUGGGACACUGGAAUGUGGGACACUGGAAUGUGGGACACUGGCAUGUGGGACACUGGCAUGUGGGACACUGGAAUGUGGGACACUGGAAUGUGGGACACUGGCAUGUGGGACACUGGCAUGUGGAACACUGGAAUGUGGGACACUGGAAUGUGGGACACUGGCAUGUGGGAGACUGGCAUGUGGGACACUGGAAUGUGGGUCACUGGAAUGUGGGACACUGGCAUGUGGGACACUGGCAUGUGGAACACUGGAAUGUGGGACACUGGAAUGUGGGACACUGGCAUGUGGGAGACUGGCAUGUGGGACACUGGAAUGUGGGACACUGGAAUGUGGGACACUGGCAUGUGGGACACUGGAAUGUGGGACACUGGCAUGUGGGACACUGGAAUGUGGAACACUGGAAUGUGGGACACUGGAAUGUGGGACACUGGAAUGUGGAACACUGGCGUGUGGGACACUGGAAUGUGGGACACUGGAAUGUGGGACACUGGCAUGUGGGACACUGGAAUGUGGAACACUGGCGUGUGGGACACUGGAAUGUGGGACACUGGAAUGUGGGACACUGGCAUGUGGGACACUGGCAUGUGGGACACUGGCAUGUGGGAGACUGAAAUGUGGAACACUGGAAUGUGGAACACUGGAAUGUGGAACACUGGAAUGUGGGACACUGGCAUGUGGGACACUGGAAUGUGGGACACUGGCAUGUGGGACACUGGAAUAGGGAACCCUGGAGUGUGGGACACUGGCAUGUGGGAGACUGGAAUGUGGAACACUGGAGUGUGGAACACUGGAAUGUGGGACACUGGCAUGUGGGAGACUGAAAUGUGGAACACUGGAGUGUGGAACACUGGAAUGUGGAACACUGGAAUGUGGGACACUGGCAUGUGGGACACUGGAAUGUGGGACACUGGCAUGUGGGACACUGGAGUGUGGAACACUGGAAUGUGGAACACUGGAAUGUGGGACACUGGCAUGUGGGACACUGGAGUGUGGUACACUGGCAUGUGGGACACUGGAGUGUGGGACACUGGCAUGUGGGAGACUGGAAUGUGGAACACUGGAAUGUGGGACACUGGCAUGUGGGAGACUGAAAUGUGGAACACUGGAAUGUGGGACACUGGAAUGUGGGACACUGGCAUGUGGGACACUGGAAUGUGGGACACUGGCAUGUGGGACACUGGAGUGUGGAACACUGGAAUGUGGGACACUGGAAUGUGGGACACUGGCAUGUGGGACACUGGAAUGUGGGACACUGGCAUGUGGGACACUGGAAUGUGGGACACUGGCAUGUGGAACACUGGAAUAGGGAACCCUGGAGUGUGGGACACUGGAAUGUGGGACACUGGCAUGUGGAACACUGGAAUGUGGAACAACUACCACAAUGGAAAGAUGUUUGAUAGCUUCUUAUAA